AUGAAAAUACCUAUACCCAAAGAUGAUAAUUUCAUAUUAAUGUUAGAUAAAUUAAGUCAGGAAGAGAAGUUUUUUAUUCACAUAUUAUCAACAUGUGAAGAUAAACAUUUGUUAGGUCAUUUAUUUUCAUUCGUUGAUUGGGUAUGGUUAAAAUCAGAUUUAUUAGCAUGGGCUCCAGUAUUGAAUAGAUUUGAUGACUUAUUGAAGAAAUAUAUAAUACACAAUAAAUUAAUAAUGCAAAAGAAAAGUAACAAUAAUGGUGAUAAUGAGAACAGUGAUAAUAUAAUAAUGAGUGAUCGAAUACAGAGGAUAACGGGAUGUACCUUGGAAUAUAAUUACAACAAUUAUAAUGAUAAUAAUAAUAAUAAUGAUAAUAAUAAUAAUAAUAACAAUAAUAAUAAUAAUAAUAACAAUAAUAAUAAUAAUAAUAUUAACAUUUCGUGUCAGUCACCUUGUGAAAAUGGACAAGAAGAAUUUAUACCUUCUGAUUUAUUAGUCGAAGAAAUAUUAAGGUUUACUUAUAAUAUACUAGACAAUUGUUUAAAUAAAACAAAAUAUAAUUCAAUUGAACAUUUAAUAUUACUUUUAUGGAGUUUUAAUCCUAAAUUAUCUAUUUUAUGUGCUGAAAUAUUAAAUAUAUAUUAUUUAUUUAUAAAAAAAACUAAAAAAAAUGAAAAUAAAAUUAAUGAAAUCGUGAAUUUUGUAGGAUCUAUUAUUAAUAUUCCCAUACCAGAUCAUUUACAUCCCUAUAUAAAUAAUGAUAUAGGUAGAAUUAAUGAUAAUAAUUAUAUAUCUGGUUUAGUUUUAUAUUAUUUACAUGACAAAAAAAAUGAGCAAUAUAUGAAGAAUAUAUAUAACAAAGUAGAAAAUAAAUAUUUCUUAGAUUUAAUUGAUAAUAAUAUUGAUGUACAAAAAAUUAAUAUUAAUAAUAUAGAUAUAUCAUUUACAUCUUUAUUUCCAACAAAUAUAAAAUAUAAUGAAGCACAAAAUAUAUUAAAUAAUGCCUUUGAUUAUAUUAUGAAAAACUAUAACAUUCCUGAACAGUAUAUGUAUGAUUUAAGGCAUAAAUUAAGAAUAUAUAUUGGUUUAAUAUGUCCUAAAUAUCGAAGGAAAUUAUUUAAUUUAAGAUAUUUAAUUUUAUCAGGUUCUUUGUCUAUUACUUCCAUAGUGUCACCUCAAAUUGUAACUAAUAACAGUAUAUUUUUAGAAGAAUUAUUAUACUUUUUAAAAUAUCAUAAAUUUGUACAUUUUAAUACAUUACGUAUUAUUUUUGAUUUAUUAAUUACAUCUAUUGAAUCACAUUUAUAUUAUAAGGUCGUUUCGGAUGUAUUAGGUUUACGAUUACAUAGUGGUUUAUUCAUUAGUAUAUUUAAAUAUUAUUUAAAUUAUUUCUUAUCUCCAUUUACCUUUCAAAAGGAUAUAUGUCCACUAUAUGUUAUGAAUGAAAGUGAAAGAGAAGUCUAUAGUAUAAAUGAUAUAAAUGAAUAUUAUAUAAGAAAAAGUAAUCCUAAUAUUAAAACUUCAUUAUAUCCUAAGGAAGCUACUGGUCAUGCAUUUAUGAACAACGACAAUUCAAAUAACAAUACUCAUAAUAACUUAAGUAAUAACAAUAUUAUAAAUAGUAAUAAUAAUUUAAAUUAUUAUACAUUAUCAGAUAACGACAUUUUAAUGAGCAUUUUUAGAGAUUCUAUUCCACCACAUAUGUUGAAUACGAAUAAUACGGAAAUCAAUUCAUUAGUUCAAGCAUCUCAACAUAUAAAUAAUAAUAUGAAUUAUUUUUAUCCAGUAAAUAGAUCUGUUAGUCCAUCACAAGAACAAUAUUUUACACCACGAGCUUAUGCUCAAGAGGAAAAUCAUAAUAAUUUAAAUUUUAAUUAUAAUGGUAGCAAUGUAAUGAAUCAAUCUAACAUAAUGAAUGAACAAAAUGUCUUCUCAUCAGUGCCAUUGGAGACAUUAGGAACUGUUGAAGCGAAUCAAAUGCAGAAUUUAGUUUCUUCAAAUAUGUUAAAUUCUAAUGGAACAUCUAUUGAUAUUAAUACUUUGAAUAUGAACGUACAAUCAAGUGAUGGUUCAUCCCUGAACCACAUCAACAACAGUAAUAGUAAUAGUAAUAGCAAUAGUAACAAUAAUAAUAAUAGUAAUAACAGUUCUAUUUUUACUUUUGGAAGUGUUAAUAAUCAAGGGGAAAGUGUGAGUGCGAUUGAUAAUAUGAACAUAUUUGAUUAUAUAAAUAAUACUCCCAACAUGAUCAAUGACAAUCAUUUGAAUAUUUUAGAUUAUAUACGUCAUAGUCAAUCAAAUAAUAAUAACAACAACAACAACAAUAAUAAUAAUAAUAAUAAUAAUAAUAAUCACCAAAGUGAAAGUAAUAUCGAAAAAGAUGAAAUAAAAUAUGAGAAUUAUAUCAGUGAAGAAACAAUUAUUAAUAAUAUAAAGAAUUGUAAGAAGAAUGGUGAAAAUGAAUUUCUUAAAGUUACUAAAUCAUAUUUUAAACAAUUCCGUAAAAAGAAAAAACAAAUUUCUAUGAUGUUACAAUUAUUAACUUUAUAUCAUACAUGUAUUAUGGAACCAUGUCCUAUAUUAACAAUAGCUCAACAAAACACUUUAAAAUUUUUCCCAUUAUUUUUAUUAGAUAGUUCUACACAUAAUUUGCCAAUUGUACAUUUGUUAUUAAGAAUCAUGGAAACGUUAUUAGACUUCACUCCAAAUUUUUAUUUCACAGUUAAAGAUGAAGAAGAGUUAUAUAAAAUAUUAUUAUCACGUUUUCAAUAUGAAUUUUUUAUGAUGUCAGAUAGUUUUUAUCAUUUGAACAGAAAAGAUUAUUUAAGAUUUUAUUUUGAACCAUUUAAUUAUGAACGUUAUGAUAAAGAAUUUAUAGAAAGUAAUGAGCAAAAAGAAAUAUAUAUAAAAAGGAAGCGUGAGGAAUAUCUUAAUAUUUUAAAUCAUAUGCAAAAUGUUUGUAAUGUUAAAAAUAUGAAUAAUAGUGAUAAUAUUAUGAAUGUUUCUGUUAAUAUGUCUGGUAGUACAUGCCCUAAUAAAAAUAAUCAGAUAAAUAAUUCAGCAGAUGCUAGUCUAAAAAAUGUUAUAUAUAAUAAUAAUAAUAAUAAUAUUGAUAAAAGUACAGUUGAUGAUAAUAUUUGGAAUGUUGAAUGUUAUGAUGAUAAGAGCAUGUUUUCUAUAAAAGAUAAACCACUAAAAAAACUUUUUGAAACAUACAAUGUAAAUGUAGAAGUAACUGAUGAACUGUUAUUAAAUAGAUUUAAUUUCUGGAUGAAAUUAUAUAUAUAUCAAGAAAGAAUGAAAAUAAUAAAAAUGAUUAUUAAAGCAUUAAAUUUAGCUCUUAAAGGUUAUUCACCAACAGAUACUUUAUUAGAUAUAUUUACAAAUAAUUAUAUAUCAGUAAAAAUUAUUAAAUAUAUAUUAAGAUUUCCACAUAAAUUUGGAUUAUGUUUAUAUGGAUAUAUAUUAGGUUUUAUAUAUGAACAUAUAUAUGAAGAUCCAACUAUAUUAUCAACAUUAUUAAAAGAAGGAAUAUUACAUAUUAUGUUAAAUGGUAUUGUUGAACAAAAUCUAAAAGAUGAAACAGUCUUAAUAUAUGUACCAUCAUUAUUAUCACUGAUGUUUAUUCAUAGUAUUGGAAAAUCAACUAUGAAGAAAAUUAAUUAUACACCAAUAUAUAAUCUUUUUCAUUUUGUUAUACAAAGAGAUUAUUUUUUUUUUGAUAGAUUUGGUGAUAUUGCAGUAUCUGUUGGAAAUAUAAUUAAUGAAUUAGAAAAUUAUGGUUUUGUUAUGAAAGAUUUUUUAAUAUUCCAUAUAAAAUUAUUAAAAAAUGUAUUAUUAAAAGGUCUAAAAUUAGGAUAUUGGAAAUGUAUAGAUUAUAAUUAUAUUGAAAAAUAUGUUGAAAAUUCAGUAAAACAAUUACAAGAUAUGCAAUUAAAAGAUUUAAAUUUAAAUAGAUAUAAAUAUAGAAAAGAUAAAUUCUUAUUAGAUAGAUUAUCCAUUUUAUGUAGAUUUAUUUUAUCAUAUAUGAAAACAUCAUGGAUUAAAAAUUUUAUACAAUUGAAUGGUUUAAAAAUUUUAAUGAACUUUACAAAUCUACCUUGUUUCCCACCAAAUUAUAUACACAUUUUUGAGUAUCAUCCAAUAUAUAGUCUUAUUAUGAAAAUUUAUUUAUAUGCUUCAUUUAAAAACUUAUAUAACCAAUUUCUUUAUCCCUUAUAUAAUUUUACAAAUUUUAUUAUGUAUACGCAAUAUCUCAAUUUUAUAUUAAGACAUAAACUUAUAUUCGAUUUAGGUACAAAUAUAAUAAUAGUAAAAAAAGCUGAACUUAGAAAUAUAUUAAAAAUGGAAACAAAUACAAAUAAUAAAUAUAAGAGUAAGUCUUCUAAUAGUAUUCAUAAUAAUAAUGAAUCAGUAUAUAUAUAUAAAGAUCUAUAUAAUUAUAAAAGUAGUUACAAAUACAAUGUGGAUAAUAAUAAAUAUUUUAAGAAAGGAAAUUCUUGUGGACCAUAUAUAGAUCGUAAUAAAUUGCUAUUAACUAAUAUUACUCAUUUAUUUAAUAUUUUAUAUUUUCUAAUAUCAGCAUAUACAGAUGCUAAAGGAUUAUAUGGAAAUGAAGAAAAGUUAUAUGAUUCUCCUGAAAUAUCCAAUAGAAAAAUUUUAGAAAUUUUCUCAGAUGUUUUAAUUUCUAUAGAAAGUGUUUUUGAUUUUUUCUUUACACUUUAUUUUUAUCAAACAAGUGAUUUAAAUAAUACUAUUGUUCUACCAUUAAAAGAUAAAAUAUGUAUACAUGAACAUGUAAAAAGAACAAUUAGAAAUAAUCAAAAUAAAUCAGAUUAUCUCUUAUAUAAUUUAUUUGGUUGUAGUCGUUCAUUAUAUUGUUAUUCUGUUAAUAAUCAUUUAUAUGAUAUCACUAAUGAACAUAAAAAAAUACAUUUUAUAUGUGAUGAAGAUAAUGAUGCAAACGAUUAUAAAUUUAUUGAUAAUUUAAAAAAAAUUGACAAUGAUGAUAAGGUAUAUAAAGCCAUAUAUAAAUAUACUUUUUCUCAUGUUAUAUCAGAAUUUACUAAAUAUCAAAAUAAAAAUUUUAAAACACCAUCUGAUAUAGCAAAUUAUAGAAAAACGGAGAAAUCUAAAUUUAAGAGAUAUUUUUCGAAUUCAGAGGAAUCUAUAAAACGAUCACUAAGGAAGAGCAAUACAACAAAGCCUGUUGUUCGUAGCAAUAUCAAACAUUCAAGUAAAAAUGUGGGCAGCAUUACAAAUAAUGUCAGCAAUAAUAAUAACAAUAAUAAUAAUAAUAAUAAUAAUAAUAAUAAUAAUAAUAAUAAUAAUAAUAAUAAUAAUAAUAAUAACAAUAAUAAUAAUAAUAACAAUAAUAAUAACAACAACAACAACAACAAUAAUAAUAAUAAUAAUAAUAAUAAGAAUCUUUAUUAUAAUAUACAACGCAAUAUUUUAUGUAACACACAUGAUUCACACAAUGUUGUAGAUUUUUCUAAAUUAUAUAAUAUAUACAAGGACAAAUCCAGAGAAUAUAAAAAUAAAUUAAAUCAUGGAGAUAACAAAUAUAACAAAGCAGAUAGAUGCGAUUACAAUGAUUAUUAUAUAGAUGAUAAAAAUAUUCAUAUGCACACAAGUUAUCCAUAUGAAUCCAAGUAUGUUAUGUGUGAAAGUUUAAAAUCUUUGCUAGUUGUUAUUAAAAAAUUUUUUAUUAUGAUUAAUUUAGCUUGUCAUACUAGGCAGCUAAAAAUGAAGACAAGCCCUAAUUACAUAUUUUAUAACGUUAUGCAACAAAAACAUAUUUUAUGUAUAAUUAGGUGUAUAACAAAAUGUAUGAUGAAUGUACCUGUUGUUAGUAAACCUAUACAAGAAAAUACUUACCUAGAAGGAAAUAAUAUUUAUCAUAUUUUAUCAGAUCAUAUAACACAAGACAAAAUUAAUUAUUUAAAUAAAUUAAAUGAUAAAAAACAUAAAAGUAAUAUGCACACUUCAAAAAAUGUAUGUAAAAAUUAUAUAAGAAGAAUGUCACGAGAUAUGCAAGAUAAUAAUUUAAUAAAAAAUGAAAGUGGAAAUAAUGUCUCAACAAAUAAUGUUUCCUGUGAUAUGAGUCAUUAUAACAUGAUGGAUCAAAAUAAGAAUAGUUCCAUUGAUCAUAUGAGUAAUAAUAUUAAUGUUAAUAAUUAUAUAUAUCAAACGGAAUGUAAGAAAGGAGACAAGUAUUUUAAUUUAUACGAUUAUUCAUAUACGCCCUAUAUGAAUUAUAAUGUAGAAAAUAUAGAAAGUGGAUAUCCGGAGACAUUUUAUAUGGAAGAUAUAUUAUUUAAAAGAUAUAAUUUCAAUUUUUCAAAUAUAAGUGUAAUAACAAAUAAGCAAAUAUAUCAUAAUAAAUAUUCUAAUAAAGAAUAUUGUGCUAAUAAGAAUAUGAGUCAUGUUGAAGAAGAAGCAUACGAAGUAUCUUUAAUGGAUUCUAUAAAUAAUUUCAACAACAACGUAAACGUUGACAAUAGCAACAACAACAAUAAUAAUAAUAAUAAUAAUAAUAAUGACAAAUGUGUUGAUAGUUUAAGUGGAGAAUUUAAUCACAUAAAUAAUUUUAGUAAAUAUAAUAAAACAUAUCUUUGUAAUAAUACAGGAAAUAUUAACGGAUUAGAAAACAUAAAUCUUAACAAUUUAAUAAAUAUUUUAAAUAAUAAAAACAAAACAUUAAAUGAAAAUAAUUGUAAUAAUAAAAAUUAUGAAGAUAAAGAAAAGAACGGAUUAAAAAAGAACAAAUUUAAUGAGAAAAAAAUGGAACAAGUUUCUAUUCAUAUACAAGAUUAUACACCAAUAAAAACUAUAAAAUAUAUUUCAGAAAUAAUUAAUAUAUUACAUAAAUUAUUAUCUGAUAAUAAGUUAGAAUUUGUGAGUUAUUUUUAUUUUCUAGAUUUACUAUACAAAGUAGGAACAUUUGAUUUUAUAUUUAAUAUGUUUAAUUAUGUUAUGAGUGUAUAUAUUUCAUUAUUAUCAUUAUAUUAUAAGAAAAAAAAGGAAAAUAAACAAAAUUGUAGUUCCAAAUUUACUAGUUAUAUACCAAUACAUAUUAGUAGAAAUUAUACAUGUACUAAUACAUAUUUUGUAAGAUAUUUAAUUAGACUUAUGUUAUAUUAUGCAGAUACUGAUGUUAAUACAAUAAAAACUUAUUUACAAAUAACAGUUAAAUCAAUAAAUACAUUCUUAGAUUUUUUUAUAAGUUUAAUAAAUAUAGGCAAAUUUAAUAUGAUUCUUUUCUGUUCUAAAAUGUUACAUCCCUUAACAAAAAUACAUGAACAUUUUGAGGGACAACGUGUUGAUCCAAAUGUAAAUAAAAAAGAAAAUGAUGGGGAUAAAAAUAUGAAUACAAAUUCGUGUAGUAAACAAACAAAUUCGGCAAUUAAAGUAAAAGAAAAUAAUAAUAAUAAUAAUAAUGAUAUAUCUAAUGGGUUUAUAUCCAUACAAAAUAAUACUAAUCCAAAUUGUGAAAAAAUUAAUAUGAAUUCUGGAUUUUCAAAUAUUUUAAAUACACAAAACUUGAAUAAUACCAAUGAAUCAUUAAACUUUGAUAAUAAAAUAAAUGGUGAUCAAAAUAAUUAUUGUACAUUUGAAAAGGAUAAUAUCAAUAAUAUAAAUGAGGUAAAAGAUUGUAACACAGAAAGUAGUACUUUUUCUUAUAAUAAUAACUUUUUAUUUUCUUUAGAUUAUUUUGAUAUACUUAAUACUAUAAGAUCAGUAAAAUGUGAUAUAUCAAAUAAUAUAUUUAUGUGGUUAACAUAUAUUAAUAGUACAAGUGUAAAAAUUGGUAAUUUAGGAAGAAAUAAUAUAUACAUAAAUUUUAGCAAUAAUAUUAUUUAUAACUUUUUAAAAAUCAUUUUGAAAUUUAUUCAUCAUUCAACUGAAAUAGAACCAAAACUCAACGAAUUAUGGAUGAAGGAAAAAAAUAAGGAAAAAAAAAAUAUAGCUAAUAAAGAUAAAGAAAAAGAUGCUUUUAAUUAUCCAAAUGUUAAUAUAAUAGAAGAAUGGGGAUUAAUGGGAUUUGAUGAAAAAACCAUUUAUGAUUGCCUGAACUAUUCAGGUACAACUGAUUUAGAUAGCACAUUGAAUUAUUUAGAUAAGGCUAAAGAAAAAGAAUAUUUCUCAAAUAUGAGUAUAGAUAAAACUAUGUCAGAAAAAAAAAAAACUAAGGAUAAUAUGAAAUCAUCCUAUUCAGAGUUUGAUGGAAAUAGUAGUGAUACUUUUUCUAAUUCUAGUAAUAGAAAAAAUGAUGAUAUAGUAAUUAGACGUAACAUCAUGCAAUGUCGUGGGUAUAAUAGUAACUUGAAUGAUAUGACUUCCCACGAGACAUUAAAUACAAAUGGUGUAGCACCUAAUAUUAUUAAUAAUAAUAGUAAUAAUAGUAAUAAUAAUAAUAUUAAUAAUAGUAAUAGUAAUAGUAAUACAUUUGAUAAUUCGUGUAAUAAUAAUAUCUAUCAUUGUAAUAACAAAGUGGAUGAAGAAAAAGAUGAAGAUAUAUUUUAUAAAGAUGAAAAAUACAUUUUAGAAAAAUUUCCAUUCAUGUUUGAUUUACUCAAAGAAGCACAGGAUAAUUCAAUACAUGCACGUAUUUAUUAUUAUGAUAAUAUUAUGAAUCCUAAUAAUAAAAGAGAUAUGAUAUUUUAUAUACAAUAUUAUUUGAAAUCAUUAAGAAAAAAUAUAUUUAAUUCUUAUGAAAAAAAGAAUUAUAUAAAAACUUUUUGGAAUGAAGAAAAAUAUCUUUUAUUAAAACAAUAUAUAUAUAAAUAUAUUUUUAAUAUGCUUAUAAAUAUUAUGCUUACUAUUCCAUAUAAUGAAUUAUCAUUUAUGAACCUAUAUCUUAGUUUCCUAGUUAUAGAUAUUGAUAAAAAAACAGUUAAAUUGUUUUUAGAUCAAUAUAAAAAAACUAUACAUGAUAAAAAUAGUAAUAAAAGUAGAAUAUUUAAUCAUCAAGAUGUAAAAAUAAUUAUAUUAUAUUAUUUUAUAGAAAAUAUUUCUAAAAAAAUUAAAACAUUGAAAAAUGAUGAAGGUAUACCUUAUGAACCUUUCUAUCAUUGCCAUCAUAUGUUUAUGAAUUUACAUAAAAAAAAAAAUAAAGGACUUAAAAAUUCAGAUUCGAAUAUAAAACAGGAUAAAAAAAAAGAUAAUAAAAAUAUUAUACGAAAUAAAUUACCAGAUUCAGGAAAUAUACAAAAUAUAUAUAAUUCUAAUCACCCCAAUACAUCAUCAAAUAAUAAUAUAGGUAAUAAUAUAAUUACUUCAACAUCCCCAAAUAUUACACUCAAUAUUAAUACAAGAUCAAAUGAUAAUAUAUUUAAUAAUAAUAAUAAUAUUAUAUCUGUUAAUGAAAUAAAUCCUUCCACAAAUAUACAUGUAAAUAAUAAUAAUAAUAAUAUAAAUAAUUUAAGUAUUGUCGAUACAAAUAAUAAUAUGCGUAAUAUAAAUCAUCUAAAUAAUAAUCGAAAUAGAGCAAGUAAUGCUAUAGGAAAUAAUAUUUUAUUAAAUUACCCAUUAAAUAAUUUGGAUAAUAGUUAUCAUAGUGAUGAUAAUCCAUUGAACUAUUAUCAAGGUAAUAAUUCAAACCUAUUGGAUGAUAAAAAUGAAAAUAAAAAUAAUAAAGAUUAUCAAAACAAAAAGAUAUUAACUAAUUCUCCUGAUAUCAUAAAUAAUGAUUUAAAUGAUGAAAACAAUUGUAUAUAUGGAACAAAAUAUGCAAAAGGAGAUAUUGAUGUUAUUUAUGAAUCACAAAAAGAUAUGGAAAUUUAUUCAUACCAUUUUUGUUUAUAUAUGUUAUUUUUUACAUUAUAUAAUGUACUUCAUAAAUAUAAUAUAGCAAAGAAUUUAAUUUUAAAUAUGGAUAGAAACAUACUCGAUUAUUGUAUUUUCUUUAUACAAAAAUUUAAUAUUUCAUAUAUAAAAUGUAUAGAAAAUAAUGUUAACUAUUUUUUAGCACUUGAUAAAAAUGUAAGAAAAAUAGAUAAUGAUGAAGAACAUAAUAACCAAAAAAUGAAGGAACAACAUGAUGUAGAGCAACGUAGAUCUGUAUUCUUAAAUGAUGUGUCAUCAUGUAAUGUCAGUAAUGCUGAAAAUGUGGAUAUGAGUUUAAAUGAACAAGAACUAUUAUCAAAGAAAAAUCAAGAAAAAAAUAAAAGAAAAAGAAAAUAUAAUAAAUUAUUAUCUCAAAGUAAAGGAAAUACAAAUUAUAUGGAUCCAUCUGCUUCUAGUUUAGAGAGUGCUGAUAAAAUUAUGGUAUCAUCAUCUCUGGAAAUAGAUGGUAAUAUUAAUACUAACAAAAUGGUGCACAAUAAUAAUAAUGAGCACAAUUAUAUGGGUUGUUGUAAUAAUUAUAUGAAUGAAGCCUCUUUUAAUCUUAAUAAUGAUGCAAAUAAUAUAUAUAAAAUUCAUAUGAAUAAUAAUAUUAAUAAAAAUUUAAAUAACACAAAUUGUGAUAAUCACAUAAUAACAAAUACCAACAAUGUAAUAUCUGAUAAUGAAAUGAAAAAGGAAAAAAUAAAUAUAAUGUAUAACAAAGGUUUAGUUAUAAAUAAAAAUUUAGAAACUCAUAAUAUGCUUAUUCCAUAUUGGAAUUUAGCAGAUGUAGAUAGUUCAGUAUCUAUGACAAAAACUCAAACAAAUAAUAAUUUAAUGGUAGAAAAUGAAGAAAAUAAAUAUAUUUCCUUAUACUCAAAACCUCCAUGUUUUUAUGCACCUUUGUUUAUGUGCUUGUAUAAAAUUAUUAUUAAUUAUUCCUUAUACAAUUUUAAUGAUAAGAAUAAGAAAACAAUUAAAAAGACUAAAGAAGAAAAGUAUAAUGAAGAUAAAAAUAUGUUUUUAAAUAAUUUGAAAAUGGAACAUUAUAGUAUGUUAAAUAAAAAUAAUAGUCACAUGAAUAAAUCAGAAAAGGUAGUAUUUAAUACAAAUGAAAGACGAACUAGUGUAACUGUGGGUACAAGUAAUUAUAAUUUACCUAAUAAUAUUAAAUUACCUCAAACACAUAUGGAAAAUGUAAGAUACGUAUCAACAGAAAAGCAGCAUAAUAUUAUAAAAAUAUGUAUUGAUACAUUAUAUUUUUUCAAAGGAUAUAAUUCACAUUUAUGUUUAAGUAUAUUAAGAAUUAUUGAAUAUUUGACUACUACAUAUAAUAAUGUGGUUUUUUUUAUAACCUAUUCUCCUCCAAAUAUUUAUAAAAAUUUUAAGAAAGUUUUUCAAAUAGAAGAACAAAUGCGACAAAUUAAUAAAACAAAGAAUCUAAAUAAAAAUGAUGAUAAUAAAAACAGUUUAGAAAAGUCUUAUACAAAUAAUAAUAUAAUAAUUAAUUCAUCAAGAAAUAUGGCAAAGGAAGAACUGAUAAGUAAUAACAACAUAAAUGUCAAGAAAGAAAUUCAUAAAAAUAAUAAUAAUAAUAAUGACAAUCACAAUAAUACCAAUUUUAAUGAUCCUGCAUUUUAUUCACUUGAUGGUUUCAAGGGAGAAAGUUCCAUUUUUUAUGAACAGAAAUUAUCUUAUUUUGAUUUAAAUGAUUUAAUAUUAAAUAAUAUGAGUAGAAAUAGUUUAGGUAUAUUAUUAACCAUGUCAAAACAAGUUAAGUUUAAAGAUAUGCUAAUAAUAUUAAUAAGUAUAUUACUUCAGUGCUUUACCGAUAAUUAUGUUAUAGCUAAUAGAAUGGAAUCUAAUUUAAAAUCAUAUUUUGCAUCUCAUGGUAUACCUGUUAAGUGUUUUAUGAAAAAGGAUGAUUUACAAGUAAUUGAAAACGCUAAAUUCUCUAAUGCUUUAGGUGUAUCAUUAAGUGAAUUAAAUCAAGCAUUAUAUCCAUUCAUAUUUAAAAACCCACAAAUUUAUGAGGAUAUAUUAAGUUGUUUAUGUUUUUUCCCAAAUUUAAAAUAUGUUAAGAAAAGUGAAACAAACGAUUUAGAAAAAUUUGGUAUUAAUACGAAUGUCGAUGAUACAUACAAAAUUUUAGAAGAAAAAAAAAAAAAAGUUGAUCCUAUUAUCCAAGUAAAUACAGAUAAAAAGAAAGGUUCAAAUUUUAAAUUGAACACAAAUGGUAAUAUGAAUUUUGAUAUGAAUAUAGAAUAUAAUAAUAUAAACAAUUUUAGUAAUAAUAUGAAUUUGGAAGAUUUUACUAAAAUAGAUUUAUUAAACAAUGAAACAGAAAAAAUAAAAGAAACAAAUAAAAAUCAUGAAAAUAUGAAUGGCAUAUAUAAUAAUAAUAAUAAUAAUAAUAUAUCAAAUAAUAAUUAUUACUUAAAUACUUUACCAAUACCAGAACAUAUAAAAUCCAUUUAUAUGUUAUCUGAAGUAGCUUUUAGUCCAAGAUGUUUAAGAAAAUAUCAUGUCAAAAAUAAUUUUUAUAAUUUUUAUAUUCUAGCAACAUUAUUAGAUUUUCUGAAUUUGUUUACUAUUAUACAGAGUAAAACUCGACUAGCUAAAUUAAAUGGAAAAGAAGAAAAACAGAAAUUUAAUAAAACAUUAAUGGAAAUAUAUGGUACUGAUGCAGAUUUUGAUAAUGAAUUAGAAUAUAAAGUUAUGUAUCCUUUUGCUUUAACAGCUGAUAAUAUGUUAUUUAUAAUAAACUUACUUUUAAAAACUUAUAAACAUUUAAUAGUAUAUCUAAUUAAAAUACCUGCUUCUUUUAAUCAGAAAAUUAUCAAAUCAUUCUUCCAAAGAGAAUAUGGUAUAUAUCAAUUCAAAGGAAGUAUGUUAUAUGUAGAUAAUUCAUCUUUUCCAUAUAAUGAUAUAACAAUUAGUAAAGAAAGUAGAUUAAGUAACAUCUCAUCGAUUUCAAAUUAUAGUAUAACAAGUAAGAAUAAAAAUAAUACAGAUAUAAAUGUAAAUAAUAAUACAAAUGAUGAUUCAGCAAUUUAUUUAUUAACAAAAAAUAAUAAUGAAAAUAAUAAAAAUCAAUAUCCAAUUAUGGAUUUGUCUAAUGUUUUAUAUAAAUUAAUUCGUUGUGAUUCUAUUAAUACACAUACAUAUAAACAAAUAUCAGAAUAUUAUUUACAAAAUUAUAUGCAAUAUUAUUCUCUAUUUGAUUUAUCAAAUUUCACUUUUAGAAGUUGUUUAUUUCCAUUUAUAUAUGAAAAGAAAUAUAUAACUGAUAUUCAUAAUAUGGAUUUGAUAGAUUAUGUUUCUAAUAUUAAUAAUUCAAAUAAUAUUGUGUUUACGCCAUUUUUAAUAUUCUUAUUCAAGAGAAUAUUACCACAAUUUAUUUGUCUCAAUUAUCCUUCCUUACGUAGCCCAUACUCUUUAAAUACAUUUAAAAAAAACUAUCCUAAUAUGGAAAAAUAUUAUGCCUUAAGAAAUAAUGAAAAUAAAAAUUUGACAUAUCUAAGACAUAUACUUAAUUUUAUUCAAUUAAUUUUUGAUAUACAUAAUGCGAAUUAUGAUGUACAUAAAAAGGUUGUAUUAGAAAUAAUGCACUUGCUUAAAAUUUAUUCUAACUUUCAAAAGAAAAAAGAUAAUGUAAACAAAAAUAUUAAAGACAAUGAUCAUGUAUUUUCUAAUGUUAUGGAUAUUUUCACAUAUGCAGUAAGUUCCCUAUUAUAUAAACUCGUGAAUGAGGAACAGAAUAUUAAAAUUGAAAAGCCUUCUAUUGUAGAAGAUGAUCAAUGUAUAAAUAAGAAGAAAAAUAUAUCGGAACAAUAUCAACUACAUCAAAAAGGGAAGAGUAAAAAAAAUAAAAAAAAUGACGAUAGUGAUAAUAGUGACGAAGACAAGUUUAUGGGUAACAAUCGUGAUAAUGAUAAUAAUAAUAAUAAUGAUCAUAAUAAUAACAACAAUAAUAAUAAUCACAAUAAUAAUAAUAAUAAUAACCACAAUAAUAAUAAUAAUAACAAUAACAACAACAAUAAUAAUAAUCACAACAACAAUAAUAGUAAUCACAACAAUAAUAAUAAUCAUAACAACAAUAAUAAUAAUCACAACAAUAAUAAUAAUCAUAACAACAAUAAUAAUAAUCACAACAAUAAUAAUAAUAAUGAAGAUGGGGACGGAGAUAAUGAAGAUAAAAAAAAUGAUAACAACAAAACAUUUUAUUAUAACAGAGAACAACUUAUAAUGUUUAGAAACUCUUUAUGUAAUUUAUUAAAUAAAUUAGAUUAUUCUAAAGAAGAUUUUGCAAAUGUAGCCACUUCCAUAAUUAGAUGUCUAUCCGUUUUAACAUCUGCACCUGUCAUGGGAUAUCCUAUAAAAACGAAGAAUAAUAAAUUAUUUAUGAUAAAACUAAAUAAACUUAAUGAAAAGAAAAAUACAAAAAUAAAAAAAAUAAAAAGGAACAAAAGAAGAAAAAAUGUUUCUUAUGUUACCUUUUUAAACCCAUCAUAUGUCCGCUUUAGAUCGGAUUCAAGUAAUAAUGAUUCUGAAUGCUCAGAUAUUCCAUAUUCAGAUGAUUCGGAUAUCUCAUAUGAAGAACACUUUAUUUUUGAUAAUGGUGAAAGUGAUGAAGAAGAUGAUGAUAUUCGUUAUGAAUACGAAGAAGAAAUGGAUGAUGAUUAUAUGGAAGAGGAAGAAAUAGUAAAUCAGGAAGACGGUGAGGAAGAAGAAGAAGAUGAUGAUGAAGAGGAAGAAGAAGAUGAAGAAGAAGAAGAUGACGAAGUAGUGGACGGAGAAGACGACGAAGAAGCACAAGAUGAAGAAAAUGACGAUGAGGAAGGAAAUAAUGAAAACGAAACCUUAUUUAAUGAUGAGUAUUAUAAUCAAACAGAUAAUGAUAAUGAUAACAAUAAUAAUAGUAAUAAUAAUUUAUUAAAUGAUGAAGCAAAUGACGAUAUGUCUAAUGAUGAUGAGGAAAAUGAUGUAGAAAGGGAUGACGAAGAUGUUGAAGUAGAUGAUGACGAAGAAGUUGAAGUAGAUGAAGAUGAAGAAGAAGGAGAAGAAAUGGAUGAUGAUAUGGAAAAUGAAGAUGAUAUAGAAGAAGAUGAUGAAGAUGAUAUAGAUGAUGACGAUGAAGAUGAAGAUGAUAUAGAAGAUGAUGAUGAAGCAGACGAUGAAGUAGAUGAUGAAGAAGUUUUAGAUGAUGAAUAUGAUGAAAUUGACAUUGAAGAUGAGGAUGCUGCUGAAAGAAAUAGUAAUGAAGAAAAUAAUAAUAAUAGAAAUGUACAUGUACAUGCUUAUUUGGUUCAAGAUAGAAAUGAAAUUGAUGAAGAUCAGAUAUAUGAUAAUUCUAACGAUUUAUUACUUCCUCAUGAAAUAGAUGAAAAUGAGGAAAUUUUAUCGAACAUGGAUGAUAAUAAUAAUAACAUUGUAUCAAGAUUGGAUUUGGUUUCGGAUAGUAGUAAUGAUAUGGAUGAACAAAAUGUUCAUCGAAUUAGAGAAAUAGAUGAAACAGAAGAUGAUGAAGAAGAUGAUGAUGGAGAGGAUGACGAUGAAGAUGACGAUGAAGAUGACGAAGAUGAUGAUGAUGAUGAUGAAGAUGAUGAUGAUGAAGAUGAUGAUGAUGACGAAGAUGAUGGAGAAGAUGAUGAAGAAGAUGAUGAUGAAGAAGAUGAUGAAGAAGAUGAAGAUGAAGGAGAAGAAGAAUAUGAAGAUGUAGAAGAAGAAGAUGCAGAUGAAGAAGAACUUCAUAUAAAUAAUAGUACAUAUAAUGUUAAUCAAAAUGUAGAUAAUAUUAGAUCUAAUAAUAAUAAUACAGAUUUAAUAGAUAACGAAAUAAAUGUAAAUAAUUCUUUAUUAAAUUGUAAUGAAAAUCAGCAUGAAAUAUUAGAUAUCUUAUUAGAAGAAGACGGAGCAUAUAAUAUUAAUGAUGAUAUAGAUGAAUAUAAUGAUGAUUAUGUAGACGAAGUGGAUAAUAAUAAUAAUAUCAAUAAUAAUAAUAACAACAACAAUAAUAACAAUAAUAAUAUCAAUAAUAGCAACAAUAAUAAUAAUGCAAGUAAUAAUAACCGUUUUAGUAAUAUUGUUAAUGUACAGACCCAAAUUGUAAACAAUAAUCAAAUGAGAAAUAGAAUGAAUGCAACAAAUGAUAUAGGACAUAUUAAUAAUUUACAAGAAAAUAUCAAUACAAAUCAUAUGAAUUCAGUUUCUCAAUAUAACAUUAAUGGUAAUAUUUCAAAUAUAUCUAAUAAUACAUGUACAGAUCAUAAAUAUUCUUCAAACGAAAGAGAUGCUUUAGAAAAUAAUGUAAAUAAUAGUGUCCCUGUUCAUACUGAAAAUAGUGCACAUGAUCAUCCUAUAAAUUCCUCAUUAUUAGAUAAUAAUAAAAAUAAAAAUAUUUCAAAUAAUAUCAGUUUGAUACAUAAUAAUACAAUGGAAACGAAAAAUAAUAUUCUUCCUAACACCUUAGCAAGUAACAUUCAGAAUAAUGUAGAUAUACAAACUAAUUUAUGUAAUAAUGUAAAUGCAAAUAGUUGUUCUAAUAAUAUUUAUGAGAAAGAUCAAACCAAAAGUGAGAAAAAAGGUACAAUUAAAAAUAACAUCAAUUUAGAGAAUAAAGAAGAAAAUAAGAAUGAAAAUAUUAAUAAAAAUAAUAAAAUAAAGAAUGAACAAAUUAAUAAUACUAAUGUUAAUAAUAUGAGUAAUAUUGAAAAUGAUAUUAAUGAUAAUAUAAAAGUUGAUAAAAACAAUAUUAAAAAUAAUGAUUCAUAUCAUGUCAAAGAUAAAAGCAUGUUAGAAUCAUCGGAAAGUACAACAAAUGUUAGAAAUGUAGAUGAAAAUAAUGUAAGCAUUAUUGAUUUAUAUUAUCAUUUUUAUGGUUCUAAUAAUAGGGAUAUAAAUACAUUAUUAAAUGAAAAUAAUAGUAUCUUAUAUUUGAAUGAAACGGGACAAAUAAACUCGACACAAAUAAAAGAAACCAACAAUAAAGUUAAUAAUAAUAAUAAUAAUAAUAAUAGUAAUAGUAAUAGUAAUAAUACAAAUGCUGAUAAUAAAGAUUCAAAAAAAACAGAUAAAUCAAAUAAUGCAAAUAAUGCAGAAGAAGUACCAGUAGUAUCAAAUAAUAACAACACUGAAAGUGUAGAAGAAUUUAAUAAUAUAACCAAUCUUAAUAUAGAAAAUUUAAUGGAUCAACUAUAUUCAACUUUAUUAAGUACAGAUAUAAGAGCAAAUGAUCUUUUAAACAAUGAAAUUAUAUCAUUGGAAAAUAGAGCUAAUCGUGUACGAAGAAAUAAUAAUUUUAAUAAUAUUAUAGAAGAGAACAGUUAUAAUAUUAUAGGUGAUAAUAUAACAGAAAACCGUAAUUUAUAUGAUAAUCGUUUUAAUAGAAAUAAUAGUGUUCCAUAUAUUCAUAGAAAUGUAGAAAGAUUAAAUAAUUUCCCUCCAUUACCAACAUCAAGCAAUAAUACAAACAUGAGAGCAAGUUGGAACAAUAGAAAUAUAAAUCGUCCUAAUAGCAUAACAAAUAAUACCCUGAACAAUAUAACAAGUAGUAUUAGAAAUAAUAAUUUGAGAAACAUAUUUAGCAAUAUUAGAAAUAAUAAUAAUGAAAAUGUUUUAAAUACACAUAGAGCUAUUAAUAUUGUUCCAUCUAUUAUAAGAAAUGGUAUAGUUCAAAAUUUAUCAGCAAUGCAACAAAAUAACAAUGAUUCAAAUAAUAAUAAUAAUAGUAAUAAUUUACCCACCAACCAAGUUACAAAUAAUACAAACGAAAGAACAAACGAAAAUAAUCAUAUUCAUAAUAAUAAUAAUAAUAUAUCACAGAGUGGAGUUACGAAUAAUGAGCAAAUACAAGUUUCAGAAUCAAAUAAAGAUAAAAAUCAAAUAAAAGAUAAAGGUACUAAAAUUGAGAAAACAGAUAUGUUAACUAAAAAAUAUAACAAAAAUCAAGCGCAAUUUAAUAUGGUUGAUGCUAUUAUUGAUAAUGACAAAGUAUUAAAGAGUGCUAUUUGUAAUACGAUGUAUAAUAGAUUAUGCAAAACUAUACCUAAGGUUCAUAUUAAAUUACCUUUAGAAAAUUUAAUUGAAGAGAAAAAAAGAAUUAUUCAAACCUUGAAAAAACAAAAGGAACAAAAACAACUACAAGAAAGUAUAAAAGAAAACGAUAAUAAAAAAUCCAAUAAUGAAGAUCAAAAUGACUCAGAGGAUGUAAACAACAACAAAGAUGAUCAAUAUAAAAAAGAUAAAAAGGAAAACAAGGACAAAAAAUUAUCUCGUUGUACUGCUACUACAAAUGAUAAACAACAAAACAUGAAUGAAGAAAAUGAAAUAAUUGAGUCCAAUGAAAAUGAUAAUAUAACAAAUGUACAAAUAAAUUCCAAUAACGAACCAGAAAAUACUCAAUUGAAUAAUAAUAAUAAUAAUAAUAAUAAUAAUACAAAUAAUGGAUUUAACCCUAACGAAGGUGAUAAUGAUAGUGAUAGUGAUGAUUAUAAUGAUAACAGUGAUAAUAAUGAUAAUAAUGAUAAUAAUAAUGAUAAUAGUGAUAAUAAUGAUAAUAAUAAUGAUAAUAAUAAUGAUAAUAAUAAUAAUAAUAUUGAUGAAGAAAAUGAAGAAGAUUAUAAAAAUAUUAAUUAUGACGAAUUAUUUGAUAAUAUUUUAAAUAUUGAAUCACUUCUUAUAAUUUGCUGUUCCUUAGGAAUAAGUGAAUCUCAAUUUUUGGAACUCUUAAAUGUUGAUAGAUCAUUUCUUUUAGAAUUACCAUCAAAUUUAAUUGAUGAACUUAUAAUUCAAAAUUUAAAAAAUAUUACCUUAACAGCUAUUAAUGAAAAGGCACAGGAUAAUAUAAAAAACAAGAAAACAAUAUCAAUUAAAAUGUAUAAGAAUUAUCUGAAAUAUCAAGAAUAUAAAAAAGCCCAAGAAAAUAAUGCAUCGAAUGAAAACAAUACAAAUGACCUAUCAAAUAACACAACAGGUAAUAAUAUAACAAAUGAUAACAAUAAUAAUAAUAAUAGUAAUAAUAAUAAUAAUUUGUCAAGUGCUAAUUCUACGACGAAUAAUUCUGUUACAGAAAAUAAUGAACGACGUACUAAUGAAAAUGCAAUGGAAAAUCUUGAUAAUAGUACAAAUAUUCAAAAUAAUACGAAUGAUGAAAAGGAACAAAAUAUUCGUAUAUAUAAUAGUAUAAAAAAAAGCUAUUUAGAAGCUUUACCAUCAAGUAUUAGAUCCGAAAUUAAAAAAAGAAUUAUAGGAAAUAGAACUGAAAGAACUGAUGUACAAGAUGAAACUAAUAUUUCUUUUAUAGAUUCCUUAACACCUGAAUUAAGAAGAGAUGUGUUAUCAACAGCUAGUAUAAGAUUUAUAAGAACAUUAACUGAAGACAUGAUAGAAGAAGCUAGGAACCUAAGAUUAGUUAUAUUAAAUAAUCGUAAUAAUACUCUAAAUGCAAAUAAUAGAAAUAGACAAAAUAUUUCAAAUAAUGAUGGAGCAAAUACUACAAGUACAAAUAACAGAAGUGUAAGUGAUAGAAAUACACAAAAUGUGAAUAAUACAAACAAUACAAAUAAUACAAGCAGUGUAAAUAAUACGAAUAAUAUAAAUAAUGCGAACAGCACAAAUAAUACAAGUAAUAUAAAUAAUGCGAACAGCACAAAUAAUACUAACAAUGUGAAUAAUAAUAGCAAUAUAAAUAAUGUAAGCAGUACAAAUAAUAUAAGCAAUACAAAUAAUGUAAGCAAUACAAAUAAUGUAAGCAAUACAAAUAAUGUAAGCAAUAAUAAUAAUAGUGGUAGUACUAGUAGUAGUAAUAAUAACAGCAGUAGUAGCAGCAGCAAUAUAAACGGUUCCAAUGUAGCAAAUUUAAUUAACAAUAUAAGAAAUAAUAUUCAAGUUAGAAUUAGUAAUCGUGCUUUGAGAAGUGUAUCAAACAAUUUAAAUAAUAAUAAUGUUAACAAUAAUAAUAUAAAUAUUAUAAGUAAUAUAAACAAUAUUAAUAGUAUUAAUAAUAUGAAUAUUAUUAACAAUAAUAAUAUGAUUGUGAACAAUUUUAAUAGAAGUAAUAGAAAUAGUAAUAGACUGGUUUUUACUGGAGGUAAUCGAAACAGUCUUAAUAAUAGACGUCGUUUGAAUUUACCUCUAAGAAAUUCUCUUUCAAAUAUGCAGAGAAAUAAUUUUAUUAGAAUUACAUAUAAUGAAAAUAAUGCUCCAGUUAUUAUGAUAAACACAGGUCAUGAAAAUUAUGACAGUUUAACAGUUACUCGUUUUAUUGAUAAUAUUAUGGGUAUUAGAACAAAUGAUUCACUGGCUUCUGGUUUGCCUUUAGGAGAUAGUAAUAAUAGUAGUAAUUAUAAUAGUAACAACAACAACAAUAAUAAUAAUAAUAAUAAUAAUAAUAACAACAAUAAUAAUAGUAAUAGUAACAAUAAUAAUAAUAAUAGUAACAACAACAAUAAUAAUAAUGAACAAUCAAGAUUAUUAAUUAAUAACCAAAAUAGAAAUGUACAUCAUAAUAAUAAUGUGGAUCAUAAUUAUCAUGUUAUGAAUGAUGACAAAUAUUUAGAAAAAGAAGAUGAUAUGUUAUUGAGUAAAUAUUUAAAAAAUUUAUUUCCCUCUUUGAAUAGAUUUAAUGCUGAUAAUUCAAGAACUUCAUCAUUAUAUGUAUGUGUAGAAGAACCAGUUUCGUUUCAAGCUUUAAUUGAUAUAUGUAGAUUAUUAUUUUUAAAGAAAGAAAUUAAUAAAAAAAUAAUGUUUACAUUAUUUUGUAAUUUAACAUGUUCAUAUCAAAAAACAAAGAUAUAUACACUACAAUUAUUUAUGAACAUUUUAUGGUGUGCAUCAGCUGAUUUACACGCAAAAAAAAAUAAUCCAUCAGUGGUAUAUUUAAAUUCUAUAAAUUUCCCUCCAAAAAUGUUAUAUUAUAAUAUGAAUAAGAAACAUUAUGGUUUAUUUUCAGAUAAUUAUUUUAUUACUGCAUCUAUAUCAGCAGAAAGGGUUCUAGAACAAGUACAGUCAUUACUCAUUACCGUGCCUCAUAUUUCUUCAUUCUUUUGCACAUUUUUAAUACACCCAUCUUAUUUUAUGCCGAACUGUUUAGAUGAAAACAUGGUAACUAAAAAAGAUGAUGGAGGUGAACUUAAUAUUAAUAAGGAUCAUAAUAAUUUAAUGGAUGUUCCAUAUUAUGAAGAUAAAAUGAUAAAGAAUGAAAGGACUAAUGCAGAGAAGAAUAAUAAUGAAAUAAGAAAUUAUCAAAAUAAAGGAGUUGUAGAAGAUGUAGAAGAAGAAAAAGAAUAUGAUGAUGAAGCUGUCAUUUUAGAAUAUGAAUUAAAAAGAAAAAGACCAAAGAUGGAUGAAAAAAAAAAGAACAAAAAUGAAAUAUUAGAUAUAUAUAAAAAUAAUACUAACAUUAAUGAUAAUAUGAGCCCACAAGUAGAUAUAUCUAAAUAUGAAUAUCCUAUAAAUAUCUUAUUCAAACUAUUAAAUUCAUCAUUAUAUUUAACCUCUAAAAAAUUAAUGAGUCAUUUAUUAUCAGUUAUUUAUAAUUUAUUAAUUAAUUGCGCCAAAGAAAAUCAUAAUUAUGCAAAUUUUACAAGAUGGGUAUAUGCAGAAAAUUUAGAAGAAAUAAUAAGCAUGGAAAAUAAAAAUAAUGAAGAGGAAAUAACAAAUGAUGAUGAUAAUAAUAAUAAUAAUAGCAACAGUAAUAAUAAUAAAAUAUCAAAUGAUAAGAAUAGUACAACUGUUGAAAAAAAUGUUGGCUCUACAAAUAAAGAAAAUACAAAUAAAAAUAAAGAUACAAAACAAAAACAAAAUAAAGAAAAAGAAAAUUUCCUUUCUUCAACUAAAAUUGAUAAAGAAUUAUUAUUAAAUAUAAAACGUUUAAAACCAAUAGAUGAAGAUAUAGAUAAAAAGGAUUUAAUUUCUAAACCAUAUUAUUUAUUAGAAGUUAUAUCAAAAGAUUCAUUACGUAAUUUAUGUAAAUUAAUAUGUAAUUACAAAACAAACUUUUUAUGGAUUAAUAAUAUGAAUAAUACAUCAAAUAAUAAUAAUAAUGUAAGUAAUAAUUUAGAACAAGUACAUAAACAAGAUAUAUCAUCACUAAUACAAAUUAUGGUUAUGUUUUUUUCUCAUUAUAAAUUAAAAGAUAUAAUUAUGAGAUCUUUUAAACGUCAUGCUCAUGUAUUAAUAAAAAGAAUUAUUUAUGAUUUAAAAAAAAUUGUUCGUUCAAUUCACAAUAAAACAUUCAAUAUAUAUUCUGUUGAUCAUUCUGAUAGUUUAGAACAAAAAUUAAUUGCCUUCUAUAGAGUUAUUACUAUACUAUUUAAUGCACCCACAAUAUUAGAUGGUCUAACAAAUAAAAGUGAUACGAUUAAUUUAAAUAAUACGAAUCAUAAUAUAUCAAACGUCGAAGGUGUAAAUAUACCUGUUCAACAAAAUGAUCAUAUUAAUAAUAAUGAGGUACAUAUAAAUAGUAAUAUAUCCAAUACAAAUGAUUGUAAUACUACUAUAAUGAACAAUGUAACGAAUAAUAUUGAACAUAAUAUAUCAUGUGAUAUAAAUGAAAACGAAACAAAUAAUAAGAUGAACCUUGUAAAAAAUAAUGAUAUCAACAAUGAAACAAUCAAAAAUGAUAAUGAGAAACAUAUUAAUAAAACAACAAUCGAUGGAGAAACCAAAUUUGAUAUAUGCGCAGAUUUUUUUCUCUCAAUUAAUAUUGAUUUAUUAUGGGAAGAAUUUAAUAAAACCAUGCAAGUUAUUAAUAAUUCAUUGAUUGAUAAAAAUUAUAAAUUUAAAGAUAGCUAUUAUUAUAAAGAUUUAACCACAACUAAAGAUGAUUAUAAGAAACAAAAUAGUAAUGAUAAAUUACAAACGAGUUAUAUACAUAAAACGAAUGAAAAAGAAGAUAAUAGUAGUAAUAACAAUUUAGUUGAUACACAAGACAAAAACAGAGUUACCUUAUUUAAUACAGAUACUUCAUCUAACGAAUCUUCAGAGCAUGGUGAUAUAUAUUCAAAUGAUAGAUUAUCAAGUAAUAUACAAAGCGAAGAAUUAUUAACAAAUGUAGAAAAUGAAAAUAACGAUGAAAAGAAAAAAGAAAAUGAUGAUGAACCACCUCCAACCAUUUUAAAUUAUCUCUUACCAUUAAUGGAAGCUUAUUUAUUUAUUGAAGAAGUUAUAUUAGUAUCACAAUAUAAAUUAAGAAAAUUUAAAGAUUUAGAAAAAAAAGUAGCCAAUUUAAAUGUAGAAAGCAUCAAAAUUAAUGAAAAGUUGGCAUAUGAUGAUAGCCCAUUUUAUAUAAACAUAUAUAAUAAGAAGAAAAUGAUCAAGAAAAAGAAUAAAAAAUAUAAAAGUACAAAAGAUUUAUUGGCUGAAAUAUUUGAGGAUUCUCAAAUCAAUAGUAAUUCAACUAAUAUGAAUAAAAUUAAAAGAAAAAUGUCUACAAAUAAUUUGAUAGAAAAAGAAGAGGAAGAAGAAGGUGAUCAAAUAAAACAUAGCAAAUAUGACCAAACACAAAAAAACCAAAAUGAUUAUACUGAAGAUGAUUCAAUGAAUAAUAAUGAAGUUGAAAAUGAAAAUGUAAAUGAAAAUGAAAAAGAUAGUGUUGAAGGACAAGACAAAUUGGUAAAAAAUAAAUUGAAAAAGACAAAAUUAAAUGAGGAUCAAACAAAUGAUAGUAAUAAUAAUAUACAACAGUUAAACAAAAGAGAAGAAAUGGCAUGUGGUAAUCAUGAUGGACAAGAAAAACAAAACGAUAAAGAAAAUAAAAAUAAAAAUAAAAAUAAAAACAAAAAUAAUAAUAAUAAUAAUAAUAAUAAUAAUGAUAGAAAUAACGAACAAUUUUAUUCCAAUAUCAAUCAUGACAAUGUGGAUGAAAAUAAUUCUAAUAGUUUUAAUAACAAUAUAUCCAACGAAAUAUCAAACCAUAAAGAAGUACAAGAAUAUCAAGAUAGUGAUACAUAUGAUGAUGAUAAUGAUGCAGGUGUUGAUCAAUAUAGUAGUUAUCAUAAUGACGGAACAGAUGACAAAGAUGAUGAAGAAGAAAGUGAUAACGAUGAAUAUAUACAAAUUAAAUUAGAAGAUAAUGAAGGAACAAUAAGCAGCCGACAUAAAAAAUUAAUAAAAUUUGUUUAUAUCAAUAGAAGAGUUAUUAAUAGCUUAAUAAAACAAACACCUAUUUUAUUACAUCAUAACUUCAAAUCAUUAAUUAAGUUGACUUCUUCAUGUAUUAAUUUUGAAAAUAAAAGACAUUAUUUAAGAAAAAAAUUAAAAUAUUUAAAAUCAGGAAUAAGAAGUGAUCCAAUACGUUUAAGUAUAAGAAGAGAAAAGGUAUUUACAGAUUCAUAUUAUCAAUUAAGAAAUAAAUCUGGUAAUGAUUUAAAAGGAAAACUUGUAGUAACCUUUAAAAAUGAAGAAGGAGUAGAUGCAGGUGGAUUAACAAGAGAAUGGUAUUCUAUUUUAGCAAAAGAAAUAUUUAAUCCUAAUUAUGCUUUGUUUUGUAGAGAAGGAAAGAAAAGUGAAUUUAAUCAUCCCAAUCCAUUGUCAUAUAUAAAUCCUGAUCAUUUACAUUUCUUUAAAUUUGUUGGAAAGUUUAUAGCUAAAGCUAUAUAUGAUGGUCAAGUUAUUGAUGCAUAUUUUUGUAGAUCAUUUUAUAAACAUAUGCUUGGUAGAAAAAUCUUACCAGCAGAUGCAGAAUCAGUAGAUCCUGAAUUUUAUAAUAGUUUAAUACAGAUAUCAGAAUAUAAAUUAGAAGAUUUAAAUUUAGAAAUUAAUUUUAGUACAGAAAUUGAUGAAUUUGGAAAAACAAAAGUUAUAGAUUUAAUACCUAAUGGAAGAAAUAUUCCAGUAACUGAUGAAAAUAAACAUAAAUAUAUUGAACUCUUAUGUGAAUUAAAAGUAACUAAUAGUAUAAAAGAACAGUUAGAAGCAUUUAUGGAUGGAUUUAAAGAAUUAAUCCAACCAAAACUAAUAUCUAUUUUUGAUGAUAAAGAAUUAGAACUACUUAUUAGUGGUAUACCAACAAUUGAUUUAAAUGAUUUAAAAGAAAAUGUAGAAUAUCAUAAUUAUACUCCUAAUUCUAUACAAAUUAUUUGGUUAUGGGAUGUAUUACAAGAAUUUGAUGAAAAUAAAAAAGCAUCAUUCUUACAAUUUGUUACCGGUACAAGUAGAGUACCAUUAGGAGGAUUCAAAAAUCUUAUGGGUAUGAGAGGAGCACAAAAAAUGAUUAUUUAUAAAGCAUAUGGAGAAGACCGUUUACCAACAGCACAUACAUGUUUUAAUCAACUUGAUUUACCAGAAUAUUCUUCAAAGGAAUUAUUAAAAAGUAAGUUAAUAAGGGCUAUCAUGGAAGGAAAAGAAGGAUUCGGUUUCAUAUAA